AUGGAGGCAUCGGAAGACCGCUCUUCCACCUCCCCAGACCACGACACCCAGCGAGCGGAAUCAGCUGCGGCUGCAGCGGCGACUAUUUUAGCAGGAGUAGUGUCUCCUGAUUCCACCAUACCCGGUCUCACACCCAUCCCGUCGCGGCGCUUCGCUAGACGUAGCCCGCCACUUGCAGCUCGCCGCGCGCCGCGCACGCUUCGAGUGCCCGACGCCGUCGCCAAGUGGAGCGUACCAGAUCCUGCCACGCACGCGUUUGACGUGGAUGGCUCGGGGCAUCUCGACCAGCCUUUCUCGCCGUCCCCGCGCUCGCCGUCCCCCUACUCCCCGCGCGCGCGCCUCGCGCACUUCUCCAGCCUCCCCGUUCUCACGCUCGCGGAACAAGCCGACUCCGCGCCGCCAGCGUUCCCCAGAGUCGCGGCGCCCUCCUGGUCCGCGUUCGACAGACUCAUAGAGGCGGACGGGGCAGAUCGUCAUAGCUCGUCGGACGAUCAUUCGCUAUCGCAUGGCUCUAAUUGGCGUCGGCAUAGCGUGGGGCAUCGCAAGCGUGUUUCCCUCGGGGGCCUGCCGGUUUCGGUCCCUGUUGACGCGAUUUCGCACGCCGCCGGUGUCGUUGCAACGUCAGAAGGAGCUGCUGCGGCGGCUGCGGCAGCAGCAGCAGCGGCAGAUGCGGUGACGGUGGCUCCGCCGGUGCUAGGAGCAGGAGCAGCGGAUAGAGACGGACACUUGCAGCGCGAUUGCACGUUGAACGAGGGGAUUGCGGGAAUUGCGGGGAGCGCGCACCCUCUGUCUCCCUCGCACGCACCGUACGGCGCUUCCCCAGAUCCAGAUCGUAUUUUCACUCACCCCGCCAUGACCGAUGCUUUCUCACCCGUCUCCCGCUCCUACCGCGAAAUCUCGCGCACCGCCAGCAGCGACUCCGCCGCUUUAAGCGACGCGAUGGGCGGCUCGAGCAUGCUAGAGUUGUCCCUGGAUCCAAUCGAUCGGCCCCCCAUGCGGCCGCUUCCGCCCGUGCCAAGCCACGAGCGCCUCGAUAUGAUGGGGUUGGGGGGAAAUCUAAUCCCGCUGCGCAUGGUUCAGGAUGGCAUGGAUCUAGGCGCUUCGGCGAUUUCCGCCGCGGUUACCCCGAUGCACGGGUCCGCGGGCCGGGGGAUUGGCGGGGGAGGGGGGGCGGGCGGGGGAGGAGGCGCGGAGGGGUAUUUCUCCCACAGAGUGAAGCUGUUGGUGAGCCAUGGAGGGGGGAUCGUGCAUCAGGCGGGUUACCACCGCUUGCGCUACGUAGGCGGCGAGACGCGCUUGCUGUCCGUGCCGCGCCACAUGCGCUUCGUCGAUCUGCAGUCGCGGCUGGCGGACAUCUACGGCCACAACGUCUUCAUCAAAUAUCAGUUGCCAGGAGAAGACCUGGAUUCGCUCGUAUCGGUGUGCAAUGAUGAGGAUCUCGAGAACAUGCUGGAGGAGUGCGACAGGGAGGCGCAUAAGGCGUCGGGCGGCCGCCGCGUGCGCAUGUUCCUGGGCGGCAGUGCGGGAGCCCUGGCGGUGCAGCAUCAAUUUGAAUCUCCAACGACACUCCACUUGAGUCCACAUGCUGUUUCGCUUGCUGCCGCACACACUGCCUCACAUGCUGCCCCGCAUGCUCUUACACCUGCUGGUUCGCAUGCCAUCACACAUGCAGGUGCACCGCUGCUGUUACACCACGGUAUGCCUGCUGCUGUCGGGGCAGCGCAAGGGCAGGGGCAGGGGCAUGGGCUGGGGCAGCAGCAGCAGGUGGGGCAGCAGCAGGUGGACCAGCAACAGGGACACAGACAGUCGCUAGCUAUGCAGGUGGCAGUGCAGUCAGCACCGCUGCCUAUUCAGAUGCCUGUAGGCCUGGCAGCCCAGCAACAGCCCCUGCAGCAGCCGCUGCUGCCACAGCCGCUAGGGGGAUUACCUGCUCCUGCUGCCCCUGCUGCCCCUGCUGCCCCUGCUGCUCCUGCUGCUCCUCACCCCAUGCCCGCUGCUGCUGUGCCUGUAUCGGGCACCACAGAACAGGGAGCGCUAGGCGGCAGGCAGAGCAGUGUGGAGGAGAAAGAGAUGGUAUCAAACGCUGGAGACUGGGACACAGCGCUGCUGACUCUCAUAGGCGAUCAUAGCGACCUGCAUGGGCAGGAACAGCAGCAGAAGAAUACACAUGAGAACUCACAAGCCCGUGCCACUGUGCCUCAUGCUGUGGUCCCAGCGCUUGGGGAGAAUGCAGGGGAAGUUGGGAAGGUGGGGGUUGCUGGUGUGUGUUCAGAAGUGGUGUGUGGAGGUGGGGAGAGAGGUGGUGGUGGUGGUGGUGGUGGUGGUGCUGGUGGUGGUGGUGCGGUUGGUGUGGAGAUGUAUGGGGGUGCGGGGCUUGUUGGGACGGAGCGCCCAUCCGCCUCCGCCCUUGCUGCUCUAGACAACACCGCGCUCCCCCCUGUGCUCUCUUGGCUGGGUGCAGCAGCAUUAGAGCAGCAGCAGCAGCAGCAGCAGCAGCAGCAAUCACUGGUGCAAGCUGUCACCCCCUUCUCACAUGCUCCCACCUACCCCCCACAUUCCUCCAUGUCUAUCCACGGCUCGUCAGAGCGCCACGUGGCAGUUGACGUGGCAUCAAUGGUCCUAGGCAGCCUAGGCAUGUCUAUAGAGCAUCUAUCCUUUGGCGGAUCCGCCUUUCACGGGUCUGCUUCUCUCUCCCACACCACAGCCAGCAGUAGCGGGGCUGUCUCAUCCGGUCUCUCCUCUUCCUCUCUAUCUAGUGAUCCUGCCACUCCGCCCUUAGGCUCUCUGAAUGUGUACUCGGCUCAGUUAGGGGCGGCAGGGGAAGGGGUAGGGUUCGGCAAGGCAGAGCAAGGGCAGCAGGUGCAAGAGAAGGAGGAGAGGGAGGUGCGUGGUGGUGGGGGGGGUGAGAGCGUGGGGAGAGACGGGGCGGCAGCAGCAGGGGCAGCGGCAGGGGCAGCGGCAGGAGCAGCGGUAGGGGUAGCGGUAGGGGCGACGGCGAGUGGGGUGGUAGGGGCAGCGAGUGGGCAGGUGGUGGGGAUGGAGAAAGAGGUGGUGGAGCGCAUGGAAGCUGCUCUGUCCUCCAAGGGGAUAGGAGAGGCAUCAGGCGGAGCAGCAAGAGCGGAUCCGAGUGGCAUGCCGGUGGUGCCGGUGGGACGGCCGCCCACAGCGCCUGUGGGAGCCGGGAGGGAGGCCGAGGCAGAGGCCAUAAGACAAGGGCUGCAGACCAUAGCAAACGAGGACUUGGAGGAGCUGAGGGAGCUGGGGUCGGGCACAUAUGGCACGGUGGUGCAUGGCAAGUGGCGCGGCACAGACGUGGCAAUCAAGAGAAUCAAGGCGUCCGUGUUUGACGGCCGGUCCUCCGAGCAAGAGCGCAUGGUGGCGGACUUCUGGCGGGAGGCGUGUCUCUUAGCCGGGCUGCACCAUCCGAACGUGGUGGCGUUUUACGGGGUGGUGAAGGACGGAGCAGACAACAGCCUGGCGACGGUCACGGAGUUCAUGGUCAACGGCAGCCUCAAGAGCGUGCUGCAGCGCAAGGGCCGGUCCAUCGACAGGCGCAAGCGCGUGAUGAUAGCCAUGGACGCGGCGUUUGGAAUGGAGUAUCUGCACUCGCGCAACAUCGUGCACUUUGAUCUCAAGUGCGACAACCUCCUCGUCAACCUGCGCGACCCAGCGCACCCCAUCUGCAAGGUGGGCGACCUGGGGCUGUCCAAGGUGAAGCACAAGACGAUGGUGUCGGCAGGCAUGCGCGGCACUCUGCCCUGGAUGGCGCCUGAGCUGCUGGACGGACACAAGAACGUGACCGACAAGGUGGAUGUAUACUCGUUUGGAGUGGUGAUGUGGGAGAUGCUCACAGGGGAGGAGCCCUACGCGAGCAUGCAUGCAGGCGCUAUCAUCACAGGCAUUCUCACGAACAGCCUGCGCCCCCCCGUGCCCUCCUGGUGCGACCCUGCCUGGAAGCAACUCAUGGAGAGAUGCUGGGCGGCAGACCCUGCGGAUCGACCCACCUUUUCAGAAAUUGUGGAGGCGUUGAGAGAGAUGGAGAGUAGAAUGGGCGGCGGGGCUGGGCAGGCAGGGCAGAGGUGA